AUGGAUAAUGCAAUCAAUUUACUUCAAGAUAGUAUUGAAAUUAGUGUUAGCAUUAAAACAGUCACUGGUAAUACAUCAAAUGGCUUCAAUUUGAAAGAUGGAUCCUUUGUACAUAAAUUGCCCAAAGAAGCAACGCUUGAAAAAAUUCGGGAUACCCUCAUGAGAAGAAGGGGCGAAGAUGAGAUAUUACAACCUUCUGAUAGUGAAACAAUUUUGUAUAUAAGACAAACAACCGAUUAUGAUUGGACUCAGCUAAUUAUGAAAUGCGAACAUGGAUUUACAUUCGACGAAGAUAAUAUAUUCAUCAAAGAUGCCUCUGAAUCUGCAUUUAAGAUCAGUGUAAACAAAAUUCAAAGAAAAUAUUUAUUAAAUAAUCAUUCUGAAGAUGAAAAAGAAUGCGAACAUAACCUUGAAGCUUUUUGCAAAAGAAAUCUCAUAUUAGGUGGAAACGUUUUAGCAAGUUCUCUUUGGCUUUCUACGUCUCUUGGACUAUCACAUGAAGUAUCUAAACAAAUGUUUAGCCAUCUUGAAAAAUAUACUAAAUGUUCUCAUCAAAAGUGGGAAAAGGCAGUAAUUGUCCUCCAAGAAUCAUGUAUCUCACCAACUGAAGAAUUUAUUAAAGCUGUUGAAAAUGCAUUAAUUAUGAGCACUGAUAGCAAAAAACUCGAAAAACUUCGAGAGAUUUCAAAAAAAUAUGGCCAAUUCUACGCACGCCGUCUCGUAUUUGGAGGGGCGAUAGUUAAAGAGAAAAAAUACACUAGCAAUUCAAAUGAAAGCUCAAAAACAAAAACAAUUGAUUCAAAAAAUAAGAUCAGUCUUUCUGCACUGAGCGUUGCCAAAGCUGAUGUAAAUUUAAAUAUUUCUCGUAGUACCGAGAAAAAAGCAAAAGUAUUCAACUAUUAUUCAACUGUAAGAACUCGUGUUGUCGGCGGAAUUACAGAAGAAUAUGACAAUCAAGACGAUUCUAUAAAACCUUGGCUAAAGUCUCUAAAAGAUCAUGCCACUUGGGAUGUAAUUGAAUAUGAUGAAAUUGGGUUGAUAUUUGAUUUACUGGAUGAUAAAUUGCGAAAACAAAUUUUCGACGUAUUAGGCUACCCAAUUUUAAAAGAAGAUAUAAAAAUAAGAGAAUGCCAGAUUUACGCAUCGAUCAUGGGUGAAGAAGAUAAGAGUGUAUUUUCUUUUCAUGUGAAUUAUGUAGACGAAGAGACGCCUGAAAUUGUUGUUCACUCAAUUCAGAAUAAAGCUGAAAACCGAAAUUUAAUACUUAAACUUUGUUGGAUUAUUGUUGAAAAAAAUCGUUGCGUCAUAGAAAAUACUGGGGCUUCAAGAUUCUCUGAAUCCUGUAUAUUAUGUACUUGUGUAUUGGAACCAGAUAUAAUAACUAAUAAUGACUCAAGCUCAGCAACCGAUAACUCUGCUACCAUAUCAGGAACAAAUUCAGUUAACUCUGCUGCCAUGUCCGGAUCAAACUCAGCAAUUAAUAACUAUACUCCUACAAAAAUUAUUAAAGACAUUUCGUCCAUUAUUAUUGGUACUCAUAUAGCACUUUAUAAACAUUCUGCAUGCUUAUUCGCCUAUGACACCAAAGAAAGAAACAAAGUGUUAGACAAAAAUGUCUUACAAAGAUUAUCACUAUAUGCUUGUGUUGUAGACUCUCUUGAAACAUACAACUCUAGUCAAACUGGCGCAAGAAUCCCUCUUGAAGCAUGUAGUUUUGGCCAAAAAGAAGUUACGUGGCGUAAGAGCAGAACUCAUAAUAAAAUAUCUUAUAGUCAAAAAAAUGCUUUGUUCACCAAAGAGCAAGCUUCUAAUAAUCUGAUCUUUGUAAAUCAAAUUUUUGAUUAUUGUUUCGAAAUUGGAUCUGAAAAUUGUCAAUAUCAUGGAUCUGUUAAUGUUAAAUCUGAUGAGAUUAUUUAUGGAUCAUUCAAUUCUAAAUCUUUGGAUAAAAUCAAAGGAAAAUUUUCGUAUUUAAUUGUUCCAACUCAUAUAUAA